GGAGCUUCGGGGGCGGAGUCUAGGCCGCCGCGCCCCGCGGGCCGGGAAGUGUUGCGUCGGGUUCUGCUGAUACGGGGACACGCCUCUCUUACGUCCCCGGUCCCCUAGGCCUCUUUCCCUCCGCCUUUCCCCGUUUCCCGCUCCUUGGAGAGUCCUGCCUCUUCCUGCGGACCCGCCACCCAGAGUCCUCCGUGCGCCCCGGCCCCGCCUCUUACGGAAGCCUAGUCGGAGUGUCGGAAUCCGGAAGAAAAACAAUCGGGAGUGUGAGCGGACCGGCACCUGCUUCCCAGAGAGCCGAUCGGGCCAGGACCGGCGAGGUUCAAGCCGGCCGGGCCACUGCGUGGGGACGAUGGAGGCCAUGAGCCCACGGACCGAGCCGAGAUGCAGAACGCUCAGCAUACAUGUUGUGACGUGGAAUGUGGCCUCUGCAGCACCCCCUCCAGACCUCAGUGAUCUGCUUCAGCUGAACAACCUGAACCUGAACCUGGACAUAUAUGUCAUUGGUUUGCAGGAACUGAACUGUGGGAUCAUGAGCCUCCUUUCCGACACUGCCUUUGAAGACCCAUGGAGCAGUUACUUCAUGGACGUGCUUUCUCCUCUGAGCUUCGUCAAGGUCUCCAGUGUCCGCAUGCAAGGGCUCCUCUUACUGAUCUUCGCCAAGUACCAGCAUUUGCCCUUUAUCCAGGUCCUGUCUACUAAAUCCACCCCCACCGGCCUCUUCGGGUACUGGGGGAACAAAGGGGGUGUCAACAUCUUUCUGAAGCUUUACGGCUACUAUGUCAGCAUCAUCAACUGCCACCUGCCCCCCCACAUGGCCAACAAUGACCAGCGGCUGGAGCACUUUGACCGGAUCCUGGAGAUGCAGAAUUUUGAGACACAGGAUACCCCCAACAUCCUGGACCACGACCUCAUUCUCUGGUUUGGAGACAUGAACUUUCGGAUCGAGGACUUCGGGUUGCACUUUGUUCGAGAAUCCAUAAAAAAUCAGCGCUACAGUGACCUGUGGGAGAAGGAUCAGCUCAGCAUCGCCAAGAGACACGACCCACUGCUGCGGGAAUUCCAGGAAGGCUCCCUGCUCUUCCCACCCACCUACAAGUUUGAUAAGAACUCCAACAACUAUGACACCAGUGAGAAAAAGCGCAAGCCUGCCUGGACCGAUCGCAUCCUUUGGAGGCUGAAGCGGCAGUCCCAGACCGACUUCCAGACCCCCACGCUCUCAGCCCCCUUCGCCCUGUUCCUGAGGAGCUACGUCAGCCACAUGGUGUACACCAUCAGUGACCAUAAGCCCGUCACCUGCACCUUUGACUUGGAGCUGAAGCCAUUGGUGUCCGCCCCGCUGAUCACCCUGCUGCCUGAGGGCCCAUGCACCAUGGAGAGUGACCUGCUGAUCAGCUACUGCCUGGCUGCAGACUUCCUCAGCAGCCCCUGGGACUGGAUUGGCCUGUACAAGGUGGGGCUGCGCCACAUUAAUGACUAUGUCUCCUAUGUCUGGGUCAAGGACAACCAGGUCUCCUUCAGUGACAGGCUGAACCAGGUGUACAUUGACAUCAGCGACAUCCCUGAGACUGAGGAUCAGUUUCUCCUUUUUUACUAUAGCAACAACCUACAUUCUGUGGUGGGGAUAAGCAAACCGUUCAAGAUCCAGCCUUUCUCCUUCCUGGGGGAGGACCCACUGGAUGAAGCCCAGCCACAGAUCUGAGCCGGGCUAGAGUAAAUCCAGGGCGGAGGCCAGAGCUGGCAGCCAGCUCUGCCCACCACUGCCAGGAGCUGGGGGCCCAGCCCAGCCCCCGGAGGAGGCAGCGGCAUCCUCCACCUCUGAGGGGGAGCCCUGGCCACCCUCCUCUGCUCUCUUCAGUCUAGAUCUCUGGAAUGGGCCCCUUAAAUACAGGUUUUUUUGUUGCUGAGGUGUGAGUGAAACCAGCUAGUUUGUCAACAGUGAAGAUCUAGAGGCAGGCCCCUGGAUGCGGGAAGGACCCUCCCUCCUGCAUCUCAUUUCUGAAUUUUCCCCACACGCUUCCAGCCCCGCCCGGGCAGGCCUGCCAGGCACAUGCCCCAUCUGGCACAGGCCUGCAUUCUUGUCACGCCACUCUGGGCCUUAGGCUGGGCGGAGGAGAUGCUCCCAUUUGUACAGGCUGCAGAGAUUGGUUGGUGCACAGAGCACUGUGUCCCAGGGGUCUUGACAUCUUGUUGCCUGUCCCCUUGAGGGGUGGGCAGAGGGUCUGAGAUCCCUGCUUUCAGCAGAAGCCAGUGGCCACGUAGGCAGGAUGGAGGAGCCCUCCACCCACGCUCUCCUGUAGUUGUUGCGGACAGGUUGAGGUGUGCCCUGCCAACAGCACACACAUACCCCCACCUCCACCCCCAGCUCAAGGAAUCCAGCCCAGAAAGUUCCAGGGUCUGAGCAGAGGAUUGCACCCAAGUUGGCUUCUGCUCAUAAGUCAGGCUCCAUGCCCCCAACGUGCCCUCCUGAGAAGGGCUGGCAGUUGGUAGAGGAGCUUGGCCACAGACUUUCGCAGGGCGGUCCAUGCCCAGUCCAUCUCAUCUGCCCCUGUCCUCGCUUGCUGUCGCUGGCCAGAGAUCUGCCCUGGGACCUAGAAGUGGGGGCAGGCGGAGCCGGAAUCAAGACAUUCUGGAGAAUUUGGCCUGGGGGUCUUCAGAGAGCAUUCUCCAGGUGCUGUGUGGAUGCAGCCUGGCCCCACGCCCACCAUCUCCCUUGAGUCAACAGUGGCUGAAACGGUCACCUUCUUCCAGAAGACACCUCAGGGAGCCUGCUCUGUGACCAUCAGGCCCAUCCUAGGACCUGAGACUGAGGGACACCAGUUGCUCUGUAUCCUGACUCCACCCUGGGACCAUCUGGAACUGUCCCUCUGGCUUCUAGUGGGCCAUGGCCGGCUGUGUUCUGUGGCUAUUGCAUUGAGGGUUAAUUAGAAACAGUGGCUUUUA